AUGUUUGUGCAACCUAGAAAGCGGCUUGGUGCGUCUGAGCUCUGGGCUCUGGGCCUCGAAGGCACCAUUGAUUUUUCAGCAACCUCGCCCUUAACAGCAGAUGCGCGUGCGCGGGCCAGGCGCAGGCUCUACCACGUUGUCCAGCACUUCGAAACUGCAGAGACAGGCGCCGCCAGGCGGGGCAGUCAACGCGGCAUCUACUACAACCGGCCACUUCUCGUCCGCCUUACCUACGAGUACGCGCGCUCCGAAGAGUCGAGGGAUGUUUUCCUCGUUACUCUUUUCCGGUCUAUGGCCCUUGACUUGGACUACGAAGAUACGAACGAUGAUGAUAUCGACGUUAGAAAUGAGCACGUCGAGGAACGGCUCCGCACCGGGCUCUAUGGCUUCGCAGAGUACCUCGUGGAUAACUUUUUCUUGCCGUUGAAAGCAUCUUCCAACAGGACCCCUCAGCCGCUCGGACUUACCGCAGGGACUUGUCGGGACGCCCGAUCGCGUUUCGAUCGCGUUUCGGCUCUGCGCGGCGCCUGUCUCAUCCGCGACCGCCGACGCUGCGUGGUUUCACGUAGAUUCGACAUAGUAGAGGCGAUAGAACGUAUAAAGGCGGACGGCGACGAUGCGCGAUACGACGACGGGCUUCCUCUUAAUAACGUCAGUCCGUUUGACCGGCUUGAAGUAGCCCAUAUCCUCCCGCACUCGCUGACUAAAGUCGACCCGGAUGCUCUACUCAACCCUUCUAGAGAAGCUGCCCUGGCCAUCCUUAAUAUGUUUGACGUGGGUAUUGUCUAUCUGAUAGAAGGCGCCGAGAUUGACCGGCCCCAGAACGCCAUCACACUCACUUCGCUUCACCACCAUCUUUUUGGCAACUUCAAUCUCUUUUUCGAGCCUGUUCCGGGCCAGCCACCACACACGUCUCGCAUCGACUCGUUCUUCCGCCAGCUUGUGGACGACCCUCGGCUGCCCAUAACUCGGACGCUCUACCUCGCCGAAGUCCGGACUAUCGACCCACCGUCGGCGCGACUUCUCGCCAUCCACUAUGCCAUUGCCCACAUCCUGUACCUCUCGGCGGCCGGCGGGUAUAUUGACAGGAUUCUGAGAGACGCCGCGGAAAACGGUAUACGACCCGACGGGUCGACCGAGCUGGGGCGGCUCGUGAAUCUGGGCCAUGAAUUCGGUCUCACUCGACAAUUUCAGACUAUCUAG